GCUGUCUUGGCGUAAGGUCUCCCGUACUUGGGUACUUAUCAUCUCGCCCCCCUACAUCAAUAACCACUUCUUCCCUUCCAUAGGGAGCGUUCCAUCUCUCUCACUUCGUGCCCACUGGCCUUUUUGAUCGAUAUCCAUGAACGAUUCCUCUGAUAGUCCGAGCCUUCUAGACCGACUUCGAUCCUGGGCUCCAUCCAAAGCUCAUGCCUCGACGAGCAAUUCUUCCAACCUUCCCCUUCCCACGUUGCCCGUGAGCAACCCUACCUUGCCUACUCCUGAUCAUGACGGCACAACAGCACAUUCCCACCAUAAUGGGCACAAAGAUCAUUACAAGGGAAACGAGAGUUCGACUGUCAACAAUGUCGCGGACGGAACUUCGAGCACUCUUCCACCUCCGGCACCGCCUCCCGCCGGCGAGGAUGGAGGAGUCACUUCCUCCAUAGAAUCUGAACCAGAAAAGCCAAAUGUACUUAUACGCUUUGUUCAAGCUUCAAAAGAAGUCCUCUUAUCGAGCUGGGUCAAUGUUCUCCUAGUCUUUGUCCCAGUUGGCAUAGCCGUUCAUUUCAUUCCCAAUAUGAGUCCGAAGGUGAUUUUCGCAAUGAAUGCCGUUGCCAUCAUUCCAUUGGCCGGCAUGCUUGCACAUGCCACUGAAAGUGUCGCUAGCCGGAUGGGCGACACAGUUGGAGCACUUCUAAACGUGACCUUUGGAAAUGCAGUGGAGUUGAUCAUCUUCAUUAUUGCUCUAGUGAAGAAUGAAAUCCGUAUUGUACAAGCGUCCCUGCUAGGCUCUAUACUGGCAAACCUUCUGCUCAUUCUCGGAAUGUGCUUCCUAUUUGGAGGCCUCCGUUUUCGGGAACAGAUAUACAACAGCACUGUCACACAGAUGAGCGCUUGUCUCCUUAGUCUGAGCGUCAUGAGCCUGCUUUUGCCUACCGCUUUCCACGCGUCAUUUGACGAUGCCGAUCUCGCGGACCAUACGGUUCUUCAAGUGAGCAGAGGAACCAGCGUCGUUCUGCUUCUCGUCUACGUUUUGUACCUGCUUUUUCAGUUGAAAUCGCACGCGUACAUGUACGCCGGAACACCGCAACAUGUCAUUGAUGAAGAGUCGCAUCCGGGAGUCCUUGCGGAUAUUAUGGGAUCUUCCUCAUCCUCAUCGGAUUCUUCAGACGGAAGCGACUCUGAUGAAUCCCGUGCUUCAAAUACGACUGCAAAGCGAAUACGAAGAGCCUUGCGAGGUAGACGUCGACGCAAGUCUAGUACAAGCUCCAAAGACGCUCAUUCGAUGCCGUCGACGGCGAGGACCCCUUCUGCUGGCACGAUUGCGAAUGUUUUUGAUAGUCCUGAAUCGACGACAGCCGAAGCUCGAUCUGAUCGCCGAUUAUCUACUACCAAUCAACAUCAUCAGCAUUCCCAUCAACUUGGUGCUAUCGCCAGUGGGGAUGAAGCAGACACUGACGGGGAAAAUGACGGUCGCCGUCAGCGAAAUGGUACUAUCAACUUUCGAGAUUUUGAAAAGGAAAAGCAGGAAACAAAGUCUCAAGAUCACCAGAGGAAACGGGCUCGAAAGGAGAAGAAGAUCAAGAAAAGAGAGGCGCGUGAAGAACCCACAGAGAAAGCCGAACCGCCUGCGGAAAAGAAGACUUUGGUAAGCCGUGUUGUCUCAGAGGCAACUCAGCCCACUCCGGCGUUUAUCGGGCCUCUUCCUGCCACCACUGGUGCAUCGCCAAGGCUGGCCUUUAACAUGCGAACCAUGUCUGGCCGCCCAGGGAUGCCAAGGCUGGUGUCAAAUAAUGCAUUUGCCUCGGCGGACCCAUCUGGCUCUGCGUUGCCUGGGACUUCAAAUCCCAGGACUGCUUUCGGGCUUCGACGUACAAAUUCCCUUCCUGACAGGCUCAACCAGGGGGUGGGUAUGCCUGCCCUGCCUGCUCCAGGUCUUCCAUUUGGUCUACCUGUCACAGAUACGGCUCUGUCCGCAGAGGAUCGACCAGUGAAGCAUACCAUGUCCCGUACCGCUGCCAUCCUCUUGCUCUUGGUAUCGACUGCCCUUGUGGCUCUUUGCGCCGAAUUUCUGGUGGAUAGCAUUCAAGACUUUGUAGAAGAUUCCUCUAUAAGCGAGGCAUUCAUUGGACUCAUCAUUCUACCCAUCGUUGGUAACGCUGCCGAGCACGUAACAGCAGUUACUGUGGCAAGCAAGAACAAGAUGGAUCUUGCCAUUGGGGUCUCUGUCGGAAGCAGCAUUCAAAUCGCUCUCUUUGUGACACCCCUGGUCGUUUUACUAGGCUGGAUCCUACAAAAGGACAUGUCCUUGUAUUUCAACCUCUUUGAGACUAUCUCCCUUUUUGUCUCGGCAUUCAUAGUCAAUUUCCUCGUGCUGGACGGUCGUAGCAACUACCUUGAAGGCGCUCUCCUGAUCGCCGCCUACGUUAUAAUUGCGGUCUCGGCAUUCUUCUACCCAAAUUCUACCGAACAAAGUGUCGUUGGGGGCUCUUCAGGGGCAUAAUUUCUCUAACUCCGAUGGACUCUGUCGCCAAGCGCUGGUGAGACAGAAAACUUUGGUAGAGAAUGACAUGCGUGCCAAAGCCGUCUGGCAACUUGGAUACGACUUCCACCCUCAUAUUCGGUUAUUCGAUAUUGGCUUGCGUCGGAAGCUUCCACCACUCUUUAGUCGCUCAUUUGCUUCUUACUGCUUGUUUGUUUCUCACAUACACAUUACAGCGCAUUAAAGAAUCGCGUCUGAAGUGUUGUUUCAUGACUGGCUCUUUUACUUGGGCUUCCAGCACUGCAUUCAUUUAAACCAUAAGGCAUUACUAGUCAUUCUGCCAUUCUGGCUAUUCUCGAAUUUGCAUUAAACAGACUUGACUUUUUCAAUGAGAAGACAAUUCCAGACCCAUUUUUAUUUAUAAGUCGUUAUAGCAAACCGUGU